UUACCCCUUUCCCCCCUUCGUCUUCGUCUCCUCCCCGCUUUGUCCCCCCCGCGCCCGCCUCUCCCCUAAACCCUAGCACGCGAGCCCCGAAUCCCCACACUCACCGCGGCGAUCGCCGACGCGACCCAACCCCGCGGCCGCCCGUAGCGGCCGCCGCCGCCGCACAUGACCAUGGUGACUCCUCGCGCCCCCGAGCCGCCGCCGCAGGACCAGGACGAGGAGAUGCUUGUGCCACAACAGGAAGUGGAGGUCUUUGAGGGGCCGCAGCCGAUGGAAGAAUCCAUGCCAGCUGUUGACAAUGAAAGUUUGCCUGAUGCAUCAACUUCCAGAUUUACAUGGAAGAUUGAAAGUAUAUCCAAGCACAGUGGUAGAAAAACCCACUCUGAUAUUUUUGUGGUUGGGGGUUACAGCUGGCGAGUGUUGGUUUUCCCCACAGGAAACAAUGUAAAUCACCUUUCAAUGUAUCUGGAUGUUGCUGAUGCCAAGUCUUUACCUAUUGGCUGGAGUAGGAGUGCCCAAUUUAGCCUUGCUGUGAUCAACCAAUUAGACAGCAAGCACUCAGUAAGAAAAGAAGUAACACAUACAUUUAAUUCUCGAGAAAGUGAUUGGGGUUUUACGUCCUUUAUGCCUUUAAUUGAUCUAUAUGAUCCUAGUAAAGGUUAUAUUGUGAACGAUCAAUGCAUCAUUGAAGCUGAGGUUGCUGUGCGUAAAAUUGUGGAUUACUGGAACUACGACUCAAAAAAGGAGACUGGUUAUGUUGGUCUCAAGAAUCAAGGUGCCACUUGUUACAUGAAUUCGCUGCUCCAGACACUCUACCAUAUUCCCUACUUUAGGAAGGCUGUGUACCAUAUGCCUACUGUCGAUACACCUUCAGGGAGCAUUCCUUUAGCUUUGCAAAGUCUUUUCUACAGACUUCAGCAUGGUGACAAUAGUAUUUCCACAAAAGAGCUGACUAAAUCUUUUGGAUGGGAUUCCUAUGAGUCGUUUAUGCAGCAUGAUGUCCAAGAGUUGAAUCGGGUUCUAUGUGAAAAGCUGGAAGAUAAAAUGAAGGGAACUAUUGUGGAAGGAACAAUACAAAAAUUAUUUGAAGGUCACCAUAUGAAUUAUAUUGAGUGCAUUGGUGUUGACUACAAAUCUACUAGAAAAGAGUCAUUCUAUGAUCUCGCACUUGAUGUCAAGGGCUGCUCGGAUGUUUAUGCAUCUUUUGAUAAGUAUGUAGCUGUAGAGAUGUUGGAUGGUGAUAAUAAGUAUCAAUCUGAAAAAUACGGCCUGCAGGAUGCCAAGAAAGGGAUGCUUUUUAUUGAUUUCCCUCCAGUUCUGCAACUUCAACUGAAGCGGUUUGAAUAUGAUCAUGCACGGGAUAUAAUGGUUAAGAUAAACGACCGUUAUGAGUUCCCACUUCAGUUGGAUCUUGACAGAGAUGACGGGAAAUAUCUCUCUCCAGAAGCUGAUAGGAGUGUGCGCAACCUCUAUACUCUUCACAGUGUGCUAGUUCACAGUGGUGGAGUUAGUGGUGGACACUACUAUGCCUUCAUCCGCCCUACCCUUUCUAAUCAAUGGUACAAGUUCGAUGAUGAACGAGUGACAAAAGAAGACCUGAAACGGGCGUUGGAGGAGCAGUAUGGUGGCGAGGAAGAGCUCCCCCAUACUAAUCCUGGACUGAAUAUGAACCCACUUAAAUUUACCAAGUAUUCAAAUGCUUACAUGCUUGUGUACAUACGUGAAAGUGACAAAGAGAAAAUUGUUUGUGAUUUGGAAGAGACAGACAUCAAUGAAGACCUUAAGACUAGGCUAAGAAAGGAAGACGAAGACAAAGAGAACAAGAAAAAAGAGAAAGCUGAGGCUCACAUGUUCACCACAUUUAAGGUGGCCAGAGAUCAUGAUUUGGCAGCACAAAUUGGACGAGACUUGUUUUUUGAUCUCGUGGAUUAUGAAAAAAUUCAUCCUAUCCGUGUACUUAAAGACAUGCCAUUCAACCAGGUUAAGGAGGAGUUCUCGAAAGAAUUUGGUAUCCCCGUCCACUCCCAGAGAUUUUGGUGGUGGUCUAAGCGGCAGAACAACACCUACAGGCCCACUCGGCCAUUAACUCAACAGGAGGAAUCAUAUACUGUUGGACAGCUUAAAGAUGCAGCAAUUCGAAUGAACAGUUCUGAAUUGAGGUUGUACUUGGAGGUUGUACAGGAGAAUCAUUUGACUCUUGCUUCGAGGACAAAGGAUGAUAUUUUGCUUUUCUUCAAGCUCUAUGACCCUGAAAAAGAAGAACUAAGAUAUGUUGGGAAUCUUCUCUUGAAAGCAUCAAGUAAGCCAUCUGAUAUAGUGCCAAAAUUGAACGAGAUAGCAGGAUUUCAGCACGAUGAAGACAUUGAGUUGUACGAGGAAAUAAAAUUUGAGCCAAAUAUUAUGUGUGAACCAGUUGACUGUGAUGUUUCCUUCAGUUUAAACCAGAUUGCAGAUGGAGACAUAUUGUGCUACCAAAAACGUUGUUCUCUGGACCAACACCGACAUCCCAAUGUAUCUUCUUUCUUUGAAUAUGUCCAUAAUAGACAGGUUGUGCACUUCAGAUUGCUUGAAAAGCCAAAACAAGACGACUUCUCUCUAGAACUAUCAAAACGUUCCACAUAUGAUGAUGUUGUUGAGAAAGUUGCACAACAUCUUGGUAUGGAUGAUCCUUCAAAACUCCGCCUUACUCAGCACAUCCCUCAUUUACAGCAACCGAAACAUCAAUACAUCAAGUAUAGAAGUAUUGAUCAUCUUUCGGACAUGUUACUUUUACGUAACCCCAAUCAGAUGUCUGACAUUUUAUAUUAUGAAAUACUGGACAUUCCUUUGCCAGAACUGCAAGGUCUGAUAACAUUGAGAGUUGCUUUUCACCAAGCUACACCUAAUGAGGUGCUGUUUCACAUUAUACGAUUGCCAAAGGGUAGCACUUAUUCUGAUUUGAUCGACGACUUAAAAUCAAAGGUUCAGCUAUCUCGAAGUGAUGCUGAGCUUAGGCUAUUUCAGGUCAACAAUAACAAGAUAUGGAAGGUGUACCUGCCUACUGAGAAAAUAGAUGCAGUUCAUGAUCCAAAUGUACCUCUUCAUGUUGAGGAGAUUCCUGAAGUAGAGAAAAGUGCCGGUCCGCGAGACCGUUUGGUUCAUGUCGUCCACUUCUUCAAAGAUAACCAGCACAUUCAAUACUAUGGAGUGCCAUUCUUCUUCCUUAUUCGUGAGGGUGAAGCUUUGUCAGAUAUCAAAGUGCGCAUUCAAAAGAAAUUUGAGGUUCCAGACGAGCAGUUUCUUAAGUGGAAAUUUGCUUAUGUUGCCUACAAUCGCCCGGAUUACCUUCAAGAUUCAGAUAUUGUGUUGAGCCGAUUCCAGCAGAAAAACAUUUAUGGACCAUGGGAACAAUCCCUAGGACUGGAGCACUCAGACAUGCCCACCAAAAGGGCCAAUCAGGUCUAAACAACUGCAGAAUCGCCAUUCUUUUGAAAAGCCGGUGAAGAUCUACAACUAAAGAUGCCGAUAUUUUCAGUUCUGACCUGACGGUUUCUCUAAACGAAUGGGCAAGAACACCAAUGUUAUUUACGCACACCCUGCAGAUGAAGUGGCGGCAAAAUCCAUGACCAUGAUGUGCUUUUGACCCGGUAGUUAUACAGAUGUAGUACCGGCUGUUGAGAGGGUGCUGUGCUGAGUUAUUAUUUGUUUGGAGGGGACGUUGCAUACAGCGGAUGUAUUGUGGCUUGUCGAAAGGAAAUUAACAUUUGGUUGGCUGUACAGUGAUUGAUAGAACUUUUUUGCUUAGAUCAAUUUAACUUUGUAAGCUGUGUAUUUUGCAGUGAAUUUUUGCACUCGGUUGA